GGCCCACGUGACCGCGGGGCGGGGCGCGGGGCCGACCCGGGCUGGGAGCGCCGGAGCCAUGGCCGGCUUGGUGGACUUCCAGGAUGAGGAGCAGGUCAAGUCGUUUUUAGAGAACAUGGAGGUGGAGUGCAACUACCAGUGCUACCGCGAGAAGGACCCGGACGGUUGCUAUCGGCUGGUGGACUAUUUGGAAGGGAUCCAGAAGAAUUUUGAUGAGGCUGCCAAGGUGCUGAAGUUCAACUGUGAAGAAUACAAGCACAGCGAUAGCUGCUACAAACUGGGCUCCUAUUAUGUGACUGGGAAAGGUGGACUGACGCAGGACCUGCGAGCUGCCUCCAGCUGCUUUCUGAUGGCGUGUGAGAAGCCUGGGAAGAAGUCUGUGGAAGCAUGCCACAACGUUGGUCUCCUGGCACACGAUGGACAGGUCAACGAGGAUGGCCAACCUGACCUGGGCAAGGCCAGGGACUACUACACGAGGGCCUGUGACGGUGGCUACGCCGCCAGCUGCUUCAACCUCAGUGCCAUGUUCUUGCAGGGUGCCCCUGGCUUCCCUAAGGACAUGGGCCUGGCGUGUAAAUACUCGCUGAAAGCCUGCGACCUGGGUCACGUCUGGGCCUGUGCCAAUGCCAGCCGCAUGUACAAGCUGGGGGAUGGGGUCGAUAAAGACGAGGCCAAGGCCGAGCUGCUAAAAGAUCGGGCCCGGCAGCUGCACAAAGAACAGCAGAAAAAUGUCCAGCCCCUAACUUUUGGGUAAUGUGGCCCAGCCUCCCUGCCAGAUGACAGACAGCUUGAGGCCAGCACCUCCUGUUUCUGAGCCUGAUGCAGCCCUUGAAGGUCACCCUGCUGGAGCGGGAAGACUUGGGACUUGAUAUCGGUAGCUCUGUUUACAUAGAGUCAUUGCCCCAGAGUGGCAUCUACUGGAUUGGAGCCUGCGAGGUUUAUUUCAGUCACUAUUGCUGUAUCUGUGAAGACACACACAUUAGGGGAUCUUGGUUUUCAAUCUCUUGCAACUUUGAAAAAUAGGAGCCCAAAAAGCCAUAAAGAUUGGGGUGGGGUGGGAGGAGGGGAGCAAUGGCAGGUGGUUGGGAAAAUUAGCAGCCACAGGGCCCAAGGGAAUCAGCCAAGUCAUCGUCAAUCUUAUUAUUUUAGUCAGGAGUGCUUGAAAAUCAGAAAAGGGGCCAGUGUUGUGAUAUAGUGGGUAAACCGCCUGCAGUGCUGGCAGCCCUUAUGGGUGCUGGUUCAAGUCCUGGCUGCUCCACUUCCAGCUCCCUGCUGAUGUGCCUGGGAAAGCAGUGGAAGAUGGCCCAAAUGCAUGUGUCCUGGUACCACCUGGGAGACUGGGAAGAAUAAUGAUUGGUGUGGAUAUGCUUUUUGCCCCUAGUGGCAGAUCUUUGAAUUCAUAGGCAAUGUCCAGCUUAAUGGAUGAUAUCCUUCAGGUUGCUGAAGAAGAUGAAACCCAGCCUAAUUCAGUUAAAAAUUAGCAUCUCCAGUGCUUGGCUGGCCCUGCUCAGCAUCUGGAGGGAGCAGAUCCCCAAGGCAGCUGUAGCUGGGAUUUGCAAGCAAGGACUUGGUGACAUAUUUUGUCCCCUGGGACUAAAGCUUUUUUUCCUUCUGAUUUUCAAGCCCUUCCAAUUAAAAUAAUAAUCUCUGUGAAUAAACUUAUCUGACAGAUUUAUAGUUUGUAUUAUUAGCAUUCUCUCCAGGGUCCAGGUAGUUUUUGUGGUGGGUGUGCCUUUCCUGUUAAGAAAAUUUGCUUUUUUGGUUUUCCCCCUAACUUGUCACCAGGGGGCGAGCUUGUCAUUUUCCUGCUGAUAGUGGGACCAUUAUAUCAAUCACCUCCUACUUUGAGCUUCCGGUUUUGCAGCUGUUCUACCAGGAAAUCUUGCUGGGUGAGGGUUUUUAAGCACAGUCGGCUAGCUUCUUCAUUUGGUAAAGGAGAGGGACUUUCCCAGGUACACAAAGGAGGUGAUAAAAGGAAUAAAACUUUUUUAAAAAUGUAAAGAAGCUUUUGGUGUGCUUAAAAUAAACUGCAGGCCUAUAAACACUGAAAAGGUGUUCAACAUCAGCAAUCAUUUGAGAAAAGUGAAUCAAAACCACAGUAAACCCUUAAAAUGCAACAAUAAUAAAACAACCUAAUUUAACAAUGGGCCAGGGAAGCAGGCGUUGUGGUGCUGUAGGUUAAGCCACUGCUUGUGAUGCCUGUAUCUCAUAUUGGAAUGUUGGUUCCAGUCCCAGCUACUCCACUUCCAAUCCAACUUCUUGCUAAUGUGCCUGAGAAGUCUCAGGUGGUGGCUCAAGUACUUGUGUGCCUACCACCCAAGCAGGAGACCUGAUGGAGUUCUAGGCUCCUGGCUUUUGCCUGGCCCAACCCCAACUAUUGCCAUCAAUUGAUGGGUGAACCAGCAGAUGGAAGAUUUCUGACUCUCUCUGUUUCUGACACAAAUAAGUAAAUAAAUCUUUUUUAAAAUGUGCCAGGAAUGAACAUUUGACCUAGCAGUUAAACCACCAGUUAGGACACCCACAUCCCGUAUCGGAGAGCCUGAAUUCGAAACAUGUCUCCAGCUCAUGAUUCCAGCAGCUUCCUGCUAAUGCAGCCCAGAGAGACAGCAGUGAUAAUUCAAAUAAUUGGGUUCCUGUCACCCACAUAGGAGACCUGGAUUGAGUGCCUGGCUCCUACCUUUAGCCCAGCCACUGACUGUUGUGGGCAUUUAUUUUAUUUUUAUUUAUUUUUGUUGUGGGCGAUUAGAAAGUAAGUCGGGUUUGGGAGCUCUGUCUCUCAAAAAAAAUUUUUUUUAAAAGAUUUAUUUUAUUUAUUUGAAAGAGUUACAGAGAGAAGUAGAGACAGAGAGGUCUUCUAUCCACUGGUUCACUCCCCAGAUGGCCGCAAUGGCUGGAGCUGCACCGAUCCGAAGGCAAGAGCCAGGAACUUCUUCUGGAUCUCCCAAGUGGGUGCAGGGGCCCAAGGACUUGGGCCAUUUUCUACUGCUAUCCCAGGCCAGGCCAUAGCAGAGAGCUGGAUCAAAAGAGGAGCAGCUGGGACUCGAACCAGUGCCCAUAUAGGAUGCCGGCGCUUCGGGCCAGGCCUUUAACUUGCUGUGCCACAGCGCCAGCCCCUCAAAAAAAAAUUUUUUUUUUAAAUGGGCCAGGCUGGCGCCGCGGCGCACUAGGCUAAUCUUCCGCCUGUGGUGCUGGCACACUGGGUUCUAGUCCCGGUCGGGGCUCUGGAUUCUGUCCCGGUUGCCCCUCUUCCAGGCCAGCUCUCUGCUGUGGCCAGGGAGUGCAGUGGAGGAUGGCCCAAGUGCUUGGGCCCUGCACCCCAUGGGAGACCAAGAUAAGCACCUGGCUCCUGCCAUCGGAUCAGCGUGGCGUGGCAGCCAUUGGAGGGUGAACCAACGGCAAAGGAAGACCUUUCUCUCUCUCUCUCUCACUGUCCACUCUGCCUGUCAAAAAAAUAAAAUAAAAAAUUUAAAAAAUGGGCCAAAGACCUUAACAGACACCUCACAAAGGAAGAAAGAUAGCUGGCAAAUAAGCACAUGAAAAGAUCCCCAUGUAACAUGUCCACAGGGAAGGGCAAGUUAGCAAGUCUACAGCCAUCUGGAAGCUGAAAUCCAGAACACUGACAUGAAAUCCAGGUAAGAUGUGGAGCAGCAGGAACCCUCACUGUUGCUCGCAGGAACACAAGCUAGUACAGCCACGUCGGGAGAGUGGUUUCUACACAUGCUCCUACCGUUGGGUCCUGCAGUCUUGCUCCUUGGUAUUUCCCCAGAGCAACUGAAAAUGUUCAUACGAGAGCCAGCAUGUGGAUGCUUGCCGCGGUUCUGUUUAUCAUUGCCGGAAAAAGCAACCAUGAUGUCCUUUAGUCGGUGGAUGGAUAAAUAAACUGGUACAGCUGGACAGUGGAGUACAACUCAAUGCUAAAAGAAACGCACUGUCAGGCCAUGAAAAGUGGUGAAGGCUCAGUAAAUCAAUAAUAGUAUCAAGUGGACAGAGAAUCUGGAAAGUCUACAUGUGUUACGUGUUUUGUGGUUACAACUCCAUGACACUGGUAUCUGUUCUGAAAAGGGUUAAACAUUGUGGACAGUGGAAAGAUGAGGAGUUGGGAGGAAAGGAUGAAUUGUUGGAGCACACAGGGUUUUUAGGGCACUGAAUCUAUGAUACUUUACUGGCGAAUACCUGGCAUUAUGUAUUUCUCCAAACCCCUAAAUGUAUAACAGCAAGAGUGAAAGCUCAUAAACUAUGAGCUUUGAAUGGUAAUGAUGUGUCUGUGUAGGUUCACAAAUUACAUCAAGGACACCCUGUGGUGGGGGAUGUGGAUAGUGGGGGCCAUAUAUAUGUGAGGGCAGGAGAUAACACGGGAGCUCAGUUUUGCCGUGAACGUGAGAUUGCUGUAAAAAUUAAAAUCUGAGGCCUGUAUUGUGGCCCAGAGGGUUAAGCCACUGCCUGCAAUGCCAGUGUUUCAGUGGAGCAUGGGGUUGAGUUCUGGCUACUCUGCUUCUGAUACAGCUCCUUGCUAAUGUGCCUGGGAAAGCAGCAGAAGAUGGCUCAAGUGCUUGGGCCCCUGCCACCCGCAUGGGAGACCCAGAUGGAGUUCUGAGCUCCUGACUUUGGCCUGGUCCAGCCCUGGUAACUGUGGCCAUUUGGGGAAUGAAUCAGCAGAUGAAAGAUCUUUUUCUCUGUCCUUGUUUAUUGCUGUUUCAAAAUAAAUACUAAAAGCACUUUUAAAAGUCUUUGCAAAUAAAACCUCAGUGAGAUACUGCCUUAGACCCUAUGGGGUAGCUGCCAUUGAAACAAAUUUUCUAGAAUAUAAAGAAAUUGGAGCCCUUGUGCACUGUUGGUGCGAAUUUAAAAUCAUGAAGUUGUUGUGAGAAGCAGUGGCAGUUCCUCAAAAACUUAAAAAUAGAAUUGCCAUCUGAUCCAGCAGUUCCACUCCUGGGUGUAUAUCCAAAGCGAGUGAAAGAGUCUCCAAAAGGGAUUUGUACAUCCGCGAUCACAGCAGCAUUUCUCACGAUAGCAAAGGUGACUAGAUAAACAAAGUGUGGUAUAAAUGUACAAUGCCAGUGCUAAUCAGUCUUGAAUUGAAAAUUCUGACAUCUGCUACAACAUGGUUGAAUCUUGAAGAUUUGCCCAGUGAAAUAAGCCGGUUACAAAACGACAUGCUCUGGCCGGCGCCGCGGCUCACUAGGCUAAUCCUCCGCCUUGUGGCGCCGGCACACCGGGUUCUAGUCCCGGUCAGGGUGCCGGAUUCUGUCCCGGUUGCCCCUCUUCCAGGCCAGCUCUCUGCUGUGGCCAGGGAGUGCAGUGGAGGACGGCCCAAGUGCUUGGGCCCUGCACCCCAUGGGAGACCAGGAGAAGUACCUGGCUCCUGCCAUCGGAUCAGCACGGUGCGCCGGCCACGGCGGCCAUUGGAGGGUGAACCAACGGCAAAGGAAGACCUUUCUCUCUGUCUCUCUCUCUCACUGUCCACUCUGCCUGUCAAAAAACAAACAAACAGCAACAACAACAAAAAACAACAAUGACAUACUCUAUACAAGCGAUCUAGAUUCAUUUGUGAGUUUGUGAGUUUUACAUGAACCUAGAAAGCAGAGUGGUGGCAAGGGGUGAAUGGGAGCUGGUUGAUGGGUACUGGGUUUCAGAGCUGUAAGGUGGAAAACCAAAGAUCGUACUACAAUGUGAAUAUACUUAACGUUGCUGAAUGGUACAUGUGGAAAUGGUUAAGGUGGUAAGCUUUAUAUUAAGUGUAUUUUACUACAUUUUAAAAAAACCUAAACAUUUACUGCUUUAAAAGAUGCAAGGUUUGAAGUUUUGGGUGAGAAAAGUAAUAUGUUCCCAUGAAAUGCAAUUUGGAGCAUAGGAAAAACCAUUUACUCCUUAUUUCACCACCUCUGGUAUUCUUUAGCACCUGGUGUUCUUGUUCAAUUUUUUUUCCCCCUCUCUUUUAUUUUCCCUUUACUUGAAGGACAGAGACAGGGAGGGAGGGAGAGAGAGAGAGAGAGAGAGAGAGAUCUUCCAUCUGCUGGUUCAUUUCUAUUUAUCAAAUGCCUGCAAGAACUGAGGCUGGGCCAAAGCCAGGUUCUGGGCUCUGGGCUUUGGCCCAGCCCCCAGUCCAGAUCUCCUACAUGAGUAGCAGGAACCCAAGUACUUGAGCCAUCAUCUGCUGCCUCUCAGAAUAUGCGUUAGCAGGAAGCUGAUAAAGGCGCCAUGAUAAGGGCUGUAGAUGCGCCACACAACACUCACCCCAGUAGUGGUCAUGUUUAAUUGGUUUUUAUUUUUUUUAAGACACAUCUCAAUUCAAUCAUGGAUGUUGUAAUUUUGAAGAAUUAGGUUUGCUUGAUUUUUGGGUGAUGAAUGUGCUGGGUUAUUGCUUUAUGAACCAGUUCUACCUGGGGCCUACGGGACCUGCCUUCCCUAGUCCCGUGUGGAGAUGGGGCCGGGAACAAUGGAGUGAGCAUUAGCGUGUCCGAAUGUUACGUCUCACAAAGGGCAGAGUGGCUGACUGUCCAGGAAGGCCCCAGAGCAGUUCCUGUGAUGAGAGCCAGCACCAUGCACGUCUCACUUUUGUGCGGUUUUUAAGGCAAGGUUUGAAAAUGGGGUUUCAGACUCUCACAGCAAGCAGUGUCAUUCCUGUGUCUGCUGGCCAGCAAGUAGUGGAGUCAUCCUUAGCAACAGUGUCCUACGUUUUCCCUAUACGCCAGGCUUGGGCUGGAUACCAGAAAUUCUGAGAUAGAUGAUCUAAUGAGGUGAUUUGUAACUGACUAGUGGUUUGCAUUCUCACUGAAAACUGUACAAUGCUCAAUGUUGUAAAAAAACAAAAUCAGAGUCCCAGGCAGUGGGAGAAGGCCUAAGGGCACUGGAUUUGGAGUUUAGCUGUGGGUACUGCACUCACUGCAAGGGUUUGAGUGGGGAACGGCUCACCCCAGCACAGAGGAUGAAUUGGAAUGGGAAAGACGAAUUGAAAUGGGAAAGACGGGAGAGGCAAGACCUUUCAGAGACUGCUGCAAAGGUCAAGGUGAAACAAAGGAGUGCAGCUAAGGAGAGGGAGGAGCUGAGAGCUCAGGGCAGCUGAAUAAGCAGAAUUCAGCCGCUAUGGGCCCAGGGUGAGGGGCAGAGGCAAGAAUGAGGUGAAAAGAAAUGGUGGACGGAGGGAGCUAUUUAUACUGAUCUGGAGCCUUUGAGAUGGAGUGGGGACGGGGACAAAAACGUUUUUGAGGUGCUCAGUGCUUCUUUUUAAAUUUAGGGAGAAGUUGCAUUUUUGUUUUAUGCUUUAUGAUACUGCUUGAAAAAUGUUGUGAAGGGCAGCAUGGCAGAGAGAAAAUGUCUAGACUUUGUCCUGCAGACAUGGACAAUUGUGGAUUAGUCAAAGGCAGAUUAAGAGUAUGAGUUUCCGGCCGGCGCCGCGGCUCACUAGGCUAAUCCUCCGCCUUGUGGCGCCGGCACCCCGGGUUUUAGUCCUGGUCGGGGCGCUGGAUUCUGUCCCGGUUGCCCCUCUUCCAGGCCAGCUCCCUGCUGUGGCCAGGGAGUGCAGUGGAGGAUGGCCCAAAUACUUGGGCCCUGCACCCCAUGGGAGACCAGGAGAAGUACCUGGCUCCUGCCAUCGGAUCAGCGCGGUGCGCCGGCCGCGGCGGCCAUUGGAGGGUGAACCAACGGAAAAAGGAAGACCUUUCUCUCUGUCUCUCUCUCACUGUCCUCUCCUGUCAAAAAAAAAAAAAAAAAAAAAAAAAGAGUGAGUUUCCACCACCUAACAACAACAAAAAAUGAGAAACAUUUAAAGAUAAUCAUUUUAUGUUUCUAAAAAGCACGAAGUAAUCACUUUAGGGCAGAAAUUUGAAAUUCUCUUUGCUUCGUAGCAUUCAAUUUUCAGUUGAGGUCUCUUUUCUUUUUAAUCUGAUGUGAGGGUUGGCUGUGGGCACCAGACUCUUCUCAUUUCAUGGGUCUAAAGGUCUUCUCCCAGGUUCCUACUAGAUUUGUGUGUCGCAGGACUGCAUGUUUGGGUUUUGUCACCUCUCAGAUGGGGCUACCAAGGACUUCUCAUAGAGUUGUCAGUAGCUCUCUCCACAGAAUGAUGGAUUUCUAUGGAACUAGACUUUGCAGUUAGAUCAUUGUUGUCUCUCUGAGUGGCAUUGUUAGCUUGUGAGGCUGCGGAUGUGAGUGUGUGUGUGUGCGCACACGUGCGUGCUUGCACGCAUGCCCAGAGCUAUGGCUAAAGUCCUGGCCUGUAGUGUUGGCAUCUUAUAUGGCCUCCAGUUCAAGUCCCAGCUGCUCCAGUUCUGAUCCAGCUCUCUGCUAAUGGCCUAGGAAAGCUUAGUGGAAGAUGGCCCAAGUGCAUGGACCCUGCACCCAUGUGGGAGACCCUGAGGAAGCUCCUGGCUCCUGGCUUUAGAUCAGCAGAGCUCUGGCCAUUGUGGCCAUGUGGGGAGUGAGCCAGCCUUUGGAAGAUAUCUCUCUCUCUCUCUCUCUCUCUCCCUCCCUCCCUCCUUCUGUAACUCUGUCUUUCAAAUAAAUAAAAUAAAUCUUAAAAAAAAAUUAUAAGAAAAGGGGCAGGGAGCUGGGUUGGAAGUGGAGCAGCUGGGAAUCGAACCGGCAUCCCAUAUGAACAGCUUUACCUACUCCACAGCACUGGUCCCAGGCGCAGCAUCUCGGCAGCCUCCUCAACACCCCAACACAAGUCAGGUGCAUCCUCCUCUCUGGACUGUAGGCUGCACUGCUCUUUAAGCUCCUUCCCAGGAAAAGCCCUAACAGAAGCCAGCGUGGCUUAAGUGUGUGAUCCCGCAGCACUCUUUCUCAUGCCUUAUUCUUUUUAAUUUUAAAGUUUGUAUUUAUUUAUUUAUUUGUUUGAAAGGCAGAGAGAGACAAAAAGAGAACUUCCGUCCACUGACUCACUCCCCAGAUGCCCACAGCUGCUAGGCCAGGCAGAAGCCAGAAGCUCCAUCCUGGUCUCCCACGUGGGUGGCAGAGACUCAACUACAUGAGUCUUCAUCUGCUGUUUCCCAGUUAGCAGGAAGCUGGAAUUGGUAGUUGAGCCAGGAUUUGUACCGAGGCACUUUGAUAUGGGAUGUGGGUGUCCCAAGCGGUAUCUUAACCUUUGUGUCAAAUGCCUGCCCCUGUUCUUUUUUUUUUUUUUUUUUUAAUUUUUUGACAGGCAGAGUGGAUAGGGAGAGAGAGACAGAGAGAAAGGUCUUCCUUUUGCCAUUGGUUCACCCUCCAAUGGCCGCCACGGCUGGCGCGCUGCCCCUGGCGCACUGCGCCGAUCUGAAGGCAGGAGCCAGGUGCCUCUCCUGGUCUCCCAUGGGGUGCAGGGCCCAAGUACUUGGGCCAUCCUCCAUUGCACUCCCAGGCCACAGCAGAGAGCUGGCCUGGAAGAGGGGCAACCGGGACAGAAUCCGGUGCCCCGACCGGGACUAGAACCCGGUGUGCCGGCACCGCUAGGUGGAGGAUUAGCCUAGUGAGCCGCGGCGCUGGCCUGCCCCUGUUCUUUUAAAUGAUAUUUUGAAAGAAUGAAGGAAAAGGACCCAAGAGAAUGUCAUCUGCACCCUAAAGUACAUGCUCAGUAACUUAAUACCAACAAAUCAAUAUAAAUGUCCUCAUGGCUAAAGAAUGACAAGUCCCCGGCUGAUGUUAUGGUGCAAGAUUAUCAACAGAUUCAUUCAUUAACACCUGCAGCAACAGCAUCCCAUAUGAGUGCUGAGUGUUGGUGUGAGUCCUGGCUGCUCCACUUCUGAUCCAGCUGUCUGUUAAUGCAUGUGGGAAAGCAGUGGAAGAUGGCCCAAAUGCUUGGGCCCCUGCACCCACGUGGGAGACCCUGGAUGGAGUUCCAGGCUCCUGGCUUCAGCCUGGCCCAGCCCCAGCUAUUGCAGCCUUUUGAGGAGUGAACCAGUGGAUGGAAGAUCUCCCUCUCUUGGUCUGUAACUCUGCCUUUUAAAUAAAUAAAUAAAUAGUUUAAAAAUCCUAAGUCCAAG